AAUGCGGCCGCGUAUAUUUCGGACCACUUGGAAGCAAGAUGGCGGACAAAGCUGACAAAUUCGAAGCGUUGGAGCAACAAUUAGAAUUGUUUAUUGAAAAUACGAGGCAGUUAGGAAUCAUUGUUAGUGAUUUUCAACCCCAAGGCCAAAAUGUCCUUAACCAAAAGCUACAUACAAUGGUGACUGGGUUACAAGAGGUAGAUAAGCUGAAAACUCAGAUGGGAGACAUUCAGGUUCCACUGGAAGUGUUUGACUACAUAGAUCAGGGGAAAAAUCCCAAUUUGUACACUAAGGAUUGUCUGGAAAAAGCUCUGGCCAAGAAUGAACAAGUGAAGGGGAAAAUUGACAACUUUAAGAAAUUCAAGGCCGAUCUGCUGGUAGAGCUGGACAAAGUUUUUCCACAUGAAAUCAACAACUACCGGGCGAUGCGGGGAGAUGACAAGCCCUCGUAAUCAGACAGAGCGUUCCUUGUACCUUCAUAUCAAUGUGUUUGUAAUCAGACAGAGCAUUCCGUGUACCUUCAUAUCAAUGUUUUCAUUCAUUAUUUUGACAUGUGAUUCGUGUUUCAAGUGAAAUCCUCCGCCUAGUUGUCAGAAGGAUGCAUCAAAUUCCCACUGACCCAAGGGGGAUAAAUCUUCAUCUGUAAUGUCCAAAAUAAAAUCUGAUUUAACUUGUC